GUUAAUACCACAGAACGAUGGGAACAGUUGCCAGCGUUUCUCUACUAAGGCGCUUAGAAUAAUUGUCCAGCAACAGCUGGCGGUAUAAAUAAGUGUGAAUUUGCCGGCUUAGUUUAUUUAAAAAAAUGGAGCUAACUGUGAAAACGUCUGAGCCACCUGCACAGGUGAAUGACACUGCCCUUCGGCUUAGGACACGGGAGUACGCUCGACAACAACGCAAAGAUUUACGUAUGGAUACAACGGAUGCACUGCGCUUCGGUUUGGGGCAAAUUAAGGAUAAAAUAAGCGAAUUGGAAAAUCUGGGAAUCAAAGAUGUGCAGGGUAUGGCUAGUCGUAUUAAGCGACGCAAACACGCAACCGUGGAGGACAUGUACCGCCUGAGCCACGCCUUUUUGCAGGGCAACGCAAAUAUCAACGCCUUUGCUGAAGUUCAGGGCGCAACUCAAGUGAUAAUUAAGGAGCUGACAGGUACCCAUAUGCAGCGUCAGAUUGAGGCUGCCGAAUGCUUGUGCAACUUUUCACUGGGAGAAGCGCAUGUUUGUGAGAAAAUAACAGCGCUGGCUGGCAGCUACCUAGUUACGCUUUUGAAUAGUCGAAAGCCGCGAUUGAAGCGCAGUUGCCUUUGGACAUUAGCCAACAUUUUGGCCACAUGCCGCAAGUCCGCUAGCAUGUUGCUGCAGAUGCAAUUGGCGACCAAAUUGUGGAAAAUUUAUACGCUACCGUCAGACGAUCUCCAGGGCUACCAGGAAGAUGCUGGCAUUUGCUUGUAUUUGAUAGCCAGUCAUGCAGCUUCCUCCAUAACCGUCGACGAUCGCCGACACAUUGCCAAGAAUCUGCACAAGAAGAAGCCAGCGGAACCGGCUGCCGAAUAUUACAUGUUUAUUGUAUUUCAGUUGGAAAUUGUAAGCAGAGAGCGGGAUUUGUGCGCGCAGCAUUUUCAGCAUUUGUACAACUUUUUUAUGGCCAAUCGGAGUAUUGGUUUUAACACUUCCGCCGAUAAGCUACGCACCGUCUACGGAGUGCGCGUGCUAGCCAACAUUUUUGCUGCACGCCCAUCUGUUGGCCAAUUGGAAAUGCAGGUGGAGCAUCUUGUGAACGCUUUAAAUCAACUAUUUGCCCUACGCGAUACCAGUCUAACUAUGAACUUGAUGCAGCUGCUGAAAAAUCUAAUGGAUACGCAACUGCUGGACAACGAUCUCGUAAUGAAACACGUUCGAGUCUAUGCUUAGCCAGGUACAGUUAAGAUAUGUUGACAUUUAAGUUAAGCAUUAAAACACGGCUUUGAAGUUUCCUGUUACAUAUUAACCAUAAAAACCGUUGAAGAAGAAGUGAUCACAGCAUAGAAAUUAUCGCGAAUGUGUUAAGCAUAGAGACAUCUCCGACCCCAUUAAGCUAUCGUCUUGAAACUUUUCAUAUUGGCAUCCUGCUGCACAAAGUGCGAAAGUUCCUUGAAAUUUCAAAAUAUUUGAGAAAUAAACAGAGGGCGAAUUUGAUUAGAUAGUCUUAAAGAGCAUAUAUAGCCCUGAAAUAGCUGGUUUAUUCGACAUUUUAUGGUUUAUAUAAAUAUAGAAAUGGUUUAAAAAUACUUUUAAGUUUCCUUAGGGAUGUAGAUGAAAACAUUCAAUGUUGAUAUACAUACAAAGGACAGACAGUUGCCACAUAUAAAAAAAGGAACUAAAAAUGAAUAAAAUAAAACAAUGCACAAGAUGAAUACAAUAAA